UGCGUGAGUGAGUAGCCAUUAGCCAAGUAGGUUCCUCCUCCUCCAUUCCAAUUUCCAACCAUUUGAUUUUGAUGAUGGAAGGGUUAAUGCAGCUACCGUAUGACACUACGGUGAAGCUGAUGCUGGCUUCACUGGAACGCAACUUGCUACCUGAUCCUGUUAUCAGGAGACUCACGCGCUUGUUGUUGGCUACUCGCCUUCGCUCUGCUUACAAGCCUUCUUCUGAAACUCAACUCGAUGACCUUGUUCAAUUUGCACGCUCUUUAAAAGAUAUGCCUAUUGCAAUCAACACUGAUAAGCCUAAAUCUCAACAUUAUGAAUUGCCCACCUCUUUCUUCAAGCUGGUGCUCGGAAAUAAUCUCAAAUAUAGUUGUUGUUACUUCUCUUCUGCCUCGAAGACGCUGGAAGAAGCUGAAGAAGCGAUGUUGAAACUGUACUGUGAGAGAUCAAACCUGAAAGACGGUCAUACAGUUCUUGAUGUUGGGUGCGGUUGGGGAUCACUGGCUUUAUACAUUGCCAAGAACUACAGUAAUUCCAGGGUUACAGGGAUUUGCAAUUCCACAUCUCAAAAAGCUUAUAUUGAGGAGAAGUGCCUGGAUCUUCAGCUGCAAAAUUUGGAUAUCAUUGUUGCAGAUAUUAGCACGUUUGAAAUGGAAGCUUCUUAUGACAGAAUAUUUUCCAUAGAAAUGUUUGAGCAUAUGAAGAACUAUAAAGAUCUUCUCAAGAAGAUAUCCAAAUGGAUGGAAGAGGAUAGCCUUUUAUUUAUUCAUCAUUUCUGCCACAAAGCAUUUGCUUACCAUUUCGAGGACAAAAAUGAAGAUGACUGGAUUACGAGAUACUUCUUUACCGGAGGAACUAUGCCUUCAGCAAAUCUACUUCUUUAUUUCCAAGAUGAUGUUUCUGUCGUCAACCACUGGCUAGUAAAUGGGACCCACUACGCACAGACCAGUGAAGAAUGGCUCAAAAGAAUGGACCGGAGUAAGACUUCCAUCAAGCCAAUUAUGGAAUCAACGUAUGGUAAGGAUUCAGCUAUUAAGUGGACGGCCUAUUGGAGAACAUUCUUCAUAGCUGUAGCAGAACUCUUUGGAUACAACAAUGGUGAAGAAUGGAUGGUUGCACACUUUCUUUUCAAAAAGAAAUAAAACAAGCUGAAACCAAAUAGUUUUUUAAUUUGAGAAUGGCUGUGGGUAGAAAAAAAAAACUGCUAAACAAGGUUGCAUACUUCAAUAGUUUUUCUAUACUUCUAUUGAUUAACUCAUUUUACUUGAUUGUCCGUCUUUAACUUUUUCUGCCUCGAUCAUUUGACUUUGGCACCUAAUGCCACAAUGUCACGGCUCUAUCAUGAUU